AUGGACGCCAGGACAUACGAAGGCCCCAUGGAUUGGGAAUACCAAGACAAGGGCCCUCUGGAUCCCACGAGUCCCUUUGCACAAGCUGCGCGCAAUGCACCACGUAAUUCACAUGCGUCCCCAUUUACAUCGGCCGCUCGGUCUCCGAACCCCUUUGCUCGUUUCCAGUCGACGCCCCUCUCUCAACCUCCCCAGACUGCGCGGUUCACUCCCCAGCUAUCGUCCAAGAAUACAGCACCCCCGUUUCGGAAUCCCGCAUUCACGACGCCUAGGAAGCCUGUCGAUGAGGUCUUGCUCUCCGAAGCCUCGGGCGCCGAGGACAGCCCAGCUGCGACGGAAGCAUCCGACUAUCCCAACGACACCCCGGACUUGGAUCGCAAAGCCGACAUAGCGAUGGGCGCCACAAUCACUCCGCUCAAGAUUGAUAAAUCAUCUCGCUACGCAAAGACGGGCGGUAUAGGCAAAAAGCAGGCCUCUGGCAAGGGAGAGAUUCGUGGCUCGCGCGACCUCAACGUGACCAUGAGAAAGAGGAAGCGCCAUAACCUGGACAAGGACGUAGGCAGUGUGGUUCGAAACAGUGGGUACGAAGCCGACUCUUGGGACUCGGACUUGGACGGCAGCGACGGAGGACAAGGCGCUGGGCGCUCCAAGGACAAGGGCAGACAGAAGGGGCCCUUUGAGUCGUUUUUCCACGCUCUCAACAAGUACCCGGACACGCCGGAUCAUAUGCAACGGUGGAUGCAGCUGGGAGCAAACGUCUUCUUGGUAUCCGUCCUGACCUACGUCGGCUGGUCCGUGGUGAGCACUAUACGAAGCGACAUCUACAACGCCAACCUGGUGGCUCAGCAAAAGCUGGUUGGUCAGAUGGAAGCAUGUCGCAAGCACUACACGGACAACAAUUGCGCGGGAAACAGUCUGCCGGCCUUGAAGGAAGUCUGCGCCGAGUGGUAUGAGUGCAUGAUGCAAGAUCCAGAGGCAAUCAUGAGGAUCAAGGUCACGGCUAAGCAGGUAGCCGAGAUUAUCAACGAAUUCACCGAAACAAUGCAUCUCAAAGCAUGGGGCGUCAUUCUGACGAUUAUUCUGAUCUGCACCACGGUUAACUUUAGCGCCUUCGGCCGACACAGCGUCGGGCACAAAGAAGUCCCUCCCACACCAUCUCAGCCGGCAGCCUCGCUGCAUGAUGCGGCCAGGUCCCCGCCUAGCAUCACACCUGGUUAUAUGCUGGUGCCUGUGCAUACGCCGCGAAAUCAGCGCCAAGCACUGCUGGAUGAGGGCACCGACACCGACAACUCUCCCAUGAAUAUGUCUUACUAUACCCCUUCAAGACGACAGAGUCCUAGCAAGAUGGAUCGACAACCCAGCCCCAUCAAGUACGGGCGGACUCCGAGUAAAGGCUUAUAG